ACUUUUGCCUUUGGCAUUUUAGAGUUUGAAAUCAAUGAGUUGUGUUUAGAUUCAUUGUGGUCUCCACUUUGUUGGCAUGCACUGGCACAACUAGUAUAGAACCUAUUCUCUUCAUAUGAUGACAAGGCCUAUUUUUUUUUAUAUAGGAUAUUUCAGCCUUUUGAUCAGUCUAAUGUCUGAAAAUUGUGUAGGGUCUUGUUUCAAGAUACAAGAUUGUACACAAAAAUCGAUCAUAGGAUCUGCUGGUAAUUAUCAGGUUAUGAAACCAAUCGGACUGCCUGCGGAGGUUGAUGACAAGGCCUAUUAGCCUAGAACAUUAGUUAAUAAACCUGCCUUGGAUAAGGCUUGAUACACUAUUUAUUAGCUUACUUGUCUGUAACUUUGUAUGGUAGCUGAUUGGCUUCAGCUUGUGCAUGCUAAAUGAUAUUAGGCAAAACCUCAGGGGGGGUCGGCUCUUCUCUUGUCUUUCCAAUUAAUCCACGAAAAUCAGCCUUGAGCUCCAUUCUUCCGACAACAAUGGCAGCCUCAGUUGAGCCCAACUCAAUGGAAGACAUUUUUGACUCGUCGCUGAAUCUAGAAGAAACCCACGUCAAAGAAGGCUACAAGGAGGGCUACGCCGACGGUUUAGUCUCCGGGAAGGAAGACGGCCGGCAAGUGGGCUUAAAAACCGGGUUCGAAGUCGGCCAAGAAUUGGGCUUUUACAAGGGUUGUAUUGAUGUGUGGAACUCCGCUAUUCAGGUCGAUUCAAAUUGCUUUUCGUCUCGGGUCGUAAGAAGCAUCAAACAAAUGGAAGAGUUGCUGAGCAAGUACCCAAUAUCCGACCCGGACGAUGAGUCCGUUGGGGAUGUUAUGGAUUCUUUGAGGUUGAAGUUUCGGGCUAUUUGUGCCACGUUGAAUGUGAAGUUGGAGUAUAAUGGCUAUCCCAAAUCUUCUGAUGGAGAAAAUAUCCAAUUUUGAGACAACUUGUCGAGGAUGGGGAUUUUGAAGAGGGUCCAUACAUAUUUCCCAACACAAGUUGGGGUGUCCUUAUGCCCCCAAAUAUUGAGGAUGGUCGCUCUCCUCUACCUGGUCGGAUGAUUGAAUCCCUCAAAGCUGUAAAAUACAUCGAUGCGGCUCAUCUCUCAGUACCUCAUAACAGCAGGGUUGCGGAACUUGUGGCUGGAAAAGAAAGUGCCAUUGGUCAAGUAGGUAGAACUAUUAUUGGCAAGACCUGUGCUCUGACACUUUUAGUGGGAGAUGCUAGCAACUCCUGUGAAGGAUCUAUGAUUGUUGAGGCAUAUGCUGGAAUUGUAACUGUCAAAAUUCCAUAUACUUCACAGGGAAAAGGUGGUAGUAAGCCUGCAGUGCUUCAUUUUGUAGAAGUCAUAUACCUUUAAUACAAGUAGAAGUCAUAUACUAGCAUAAAUGUAGCUGUGUUAAUUCUUGUUGAGUGAUUAUGUACUAUUCUUCAAUAAUGGAGAAAUGUAUUUCCACCAAAGUUCUUGA